GAGGGGAUUUUGUGGAAACAUGGAAGGAAGAGCAGCCAUGAGGUCCUCGGUGAAAAUCACGAUCGAUAAUCGCCAUCGUCGAUUUAUUUUGCAUUUGUUUACAAUUUUCGCGAAGUGAAAAUGCAAGCCGAUUAAGAGAAAAAGCCCGUUUAUUAGCGAAAGGAGAAAACUCGAUUCUUCGACUUUUCAGAGCUUUUCGCCCUACGCUUCCGCUCGAUCGGCCAAACUUGGGAUAGCGUGAGAUAUCUAUUUCAGUAUUUCACUUUAUUAAUAUCUACGUUUGAUUUGGCCUCGUCCGCGUUGUCACCAGUUGGGGAUCCAUCGGUGAAGAAUGAUGACGAUUUGUUAAAAAUUGACUGAUCCGGGCAAAAUGGGAGAUUGCGAAGGGCUUUACGGCAUAUUCCGCUUUGUGGUGUCCGUCCUUUGCCACUAUGACAAAGCCAAGGCCGCCAAAGCCCUGGCCUGCUUGAGGUCUGUCUUCAAGAGCGUUUUGAGUCGGAGGUUCUCUGUCGUCGGAGUUCCUGAAGCGCUCUUGAGACUCGCCUUCCCUGACAGCACUCAACUUGCACAGAGUGAGCUGCUCUUCGUCAACGAAGACUUCAGAGACCGCCACCACAAAUGGUCCGCCGUCCAUUUUUCCUCAGGGCGAAAGUCAUAUGUGAGAAUGCUGAAAAUUAUUCCGUCACCUCUCAUCCCCAAAAACUGCUCUCUCAUAAGCAACUAUACCCUGUUCAAUGUGAAGAACCAUUUAAAGCCAAGCUGUUACUUGCUCUCGACACACCAGUUUGUUGAAUUCUCAUUUAAGGAAACCCAUGACGACUAUUAUCACAGAGAAGCUACAAAAUUGGUCAUAUCAUUCUUCAACGAUUCGUACCAAUUGUCGCAAAGCUAUAUCAACGAGACUUUAGAGAAUUUUGUACACAUGCCAAAAUUUGCUAGCAAAGAUGAUGUUAUAGGAAUAGAUCUGAGUGUAUAUGGAGCUUACCACAAACAAGGGACGAUAUACUUCCGUGUCGUCCGAGUCGAAUGUGAUGGAGUCGAAGUGCCAGGGGAGGUGUUUGCCAUAACAGAAUCGACUUCAAUUUACAGCGAAAAGACAUCUCAAGGUUUUCUUCCUCCCGUCGAAUGGGAAUUAGUUGAAAAUGAAAAUUUACGAAGUAUCAGCCCAAUCCUUCCUUUAGGGCUGGAAGAUUUCUACAACAUAAUUUUAAGAUGGUUCACCCCUUUCUUCUCAUACCAUAUAGAUGAUUUGACCCCCUUUUUUAUAGUAAGUGGUAAACGAGGUUCUGGCAAAAGUAUUACAUUGGAAGCAGUCAGUAAAAAAUUAGGCGUCGGUUUUAAUAAGUUGGACUGUAGCAACCUUUUGGCGAGUACGCAGACUCAAAUAAAUGCAAACAUUAAGACUGUUAUGAGAAAUUUGACUAACUUUUCACCAUGUGUAUUAGAACUUUAUAAUACUCAGCUUUUAUCAAUAGAUUCAGAUGGAAUAGAUAGUGAACAAAUAUUAUCUAGUUUCUCCCAAAAUAUCAAGAAUUUAAAUUCUGAUUAUCCUUUUGUUGUUGUAAUGACUUGUGAAGACAUAAACGAAUUGAAGCCUAGUCUUGUUAGCUUAUGUUUAGAACAUCUACAAAUAUCUUCCCUUAAUGAGUCUCAGAGGCAUUUGAAUAUCACAUGGUUGGCUCACAGAUAUCGAAUUACACUUAGUGAAGAGAUUCAUAACUAUAUUACAAUGCAGACUUCUUCGUUUUCAAAUUCAGAUUUACAGAAGUUGUUGUGCCUUUCGGAAAAAGAACGUAUAAAAGGAGGAUCUGAAGUCAUGGAGACGCAUCACAUUAAGAAAAUAUUAGAACAAAUGACCGUUGUAAAAAGAGGAGACAUGAAAGAUGUCGAAUGGCAAGAUAUCGGUGGUAUUGAAGCUAUUAAAAAAGAAGUUAUAAGUUCGUUGUUAUCUAGUCAGCUAACAUCUGUAAAAAGGACAGGUGUGCUUCUCCAUGGACCACCAGGAACGGGGAAAACUCUUCUCGCAAGGGCUGUGGCCUCACAAUGCGGAAGGGCAUUCAUUUCAGUUAAAGGGCCUGAAUUACUUAAUAUGUACGUCGGACAAAGUGAAGCAAACAUUAGGCAAGUUUUCAGUAAAGCUAAAGAAGCUUCACCUUGUAUUAUUUUCUUUGAUGAGUUGGAUUCGCUUGCCCCUAACAGAGGGAACAAAUCAGACUCUGGAGGUGUGAUGGACAGAGUUGUAUCCCAAUUAUUAACUGAAAUGGAUGAGCUUGAUAGCACAGGCAAUGUAUUUAUCCUUGGGGCAACCAAUAGGCCUGACCUAAUAGAUCCUGCUUUGCUAAGGCCAGGAAGAUUUGAUAAAAUGAUAUACAUCGGCCCUUGCGAAGACACUGAAUCAAAGCUUAAAGUUAUGUCAGCUCUCAUUAGAAACUUCAAUCUCGAGGAGAUCGAAUUGGAAAACAUUGUCAACAAACUUCCCGACAAAUUAACAGGUGCUAAUCUAUAUGCGAUUUGUUCUUCUGCUUGGAUGAAUGCUGCAAAAGAAUUGAUAGGCAACGGCAAUGUGAGCCCGGAGGCGAAAGUGGUAGUCCGACAGAAACACUUUGAAAAGGCAAUUUCAGAAGUGAACAUUUCGUUCUAAAAUGUGAUUUUUUCUUACAUUGUAAUACAUCUUUACAAAUAAAUUAUAUUUUUCUAUCAA